AUGGCAACGCCUCAGAACGAGGCCAUCUCAGGCACCUCCAGCACGGCUUCUCCUGCGAGCGCCACGAGCACUGCCGAGCCAGUGUCCAAUUCCGAGACUGCCGACAAGAGUCCACCGUCGAGCCCUCCGCCUCGCAAGAAGCAAAGGUCCGAAUCACUCCCCUCCAGUGUUGCUCUCCCUGUCAAGCAGUUAGAAAGCACGUCUACUGUCCCUAAUGAGAGCAAUGAGAAGAAUUCGCUCGCGUCUGGCCCUGAAGCCAGGGAGCCUGGUCCACAGAUCUCCAACAGUUCCGGCAUGAAGCCAAAGAAACCUGCUCCAAAGAAGAGUACCACAAAGUCUGCAAUCAAGAAGACGGCUCCCUCCAGAUCCUCCCGCAAGUCUCCCAAAGCUAGGGUCCCUAGCGGACCGCCACCCCCGCCCAAACCAAAGCGCAUCAACAAAGUGGUCAAAGCAAAAGUGAAGGCUGUUGGAGACUUCCUCGACAACACGCCUGUCGACCAGUCGGUACUCCGGCGGUCGCAUGAGAACGCCGAUCAUGUGGUAGUCACCGAGCUCGCCGCCAUCGCGGCGCUGAAGACAAUGGUUGCGGAUUACGGCAUUUCCAAUCCGAGCUGGACAUCCCUCGUCGACAUCAAGGACAUUGUUGUCGACGCCUUUGUGGAGCCGCUCGGACAGAACCCUGUCGUGAAGUUCACCACGCUCGACCUUUCCAGAACCUCUGCCUUCGAAGAGGCGAUUCACCAGAAGAUUGCAGGCUGGGAGCUGGAUGGCAUCAACCUUCUCGAGGCGGAGCUCGAGAUGAACGCUCGUCAACUGGAGCGUGUAGCAGCUGAAACUCUGUUUCGCAACAUGAUGGCCGACGAAAGCGAAGUGAACGAAGACGCUGGGGAGAGAGACGUGCGAGUUGAAGACUCUUUGGGCCGUAGGGGGUUUGGCUCGGCUUAA